UGCGCAUUGCCGGCUCUGACAGGAAACGCUGGCUCAGAGAUAAUGGGAACUGCAGAUGCUGGAGAUUCCAAGAUAAUAAAAUGUGAGGCUGGAUGAACACAGCAGGCCAAGCAGCAUCUCAGGAGCACAAAAGCUGACGUUUCGGGCCUAGACCCUUCAUCAGAGAGCCAGAGAGGCAGGAAACGCUGGGCUGUCGGUUCUCAUCAGGCAGGAAAGCAAAGAAUAUGCCGAUACAUUCCUGGCCUGGGCCUUCUUGCUGGUGGACAGAUUUUGGAGAGACAGGAGUGGAAACAUCUUUCACACGUCUUCAAAGAUGUUUGGUGGAAGACCCUGUGGCAAUAGCACUGUUUUUUUUCAGAAUUGCCACACAGCCCGGCUGGGAAAAUAUUGAGUUCUACCACAGACGUUUCGUCACCAUGCUAGAUGACAUCAUCAGUGGAACUGACAAAGGAGUGAUGUUAUUCUACUCUGCUUGGAAUUUAUACUGCCUGGUCCAUUAUGAUGACUAUUACCAUUUCCGGCUUUGAUCUGUAUAUAUAUAUAUAUAUAUAUAUAUACAUGUGGCUCCAAUAUUUUUCCAGUAAAGGGACGCUUAUAGCAGAUCGCCACGACUUUGAAUAUGAAGCAUGAUAGUGUAGAAAAUGAGGACGAAGGAAACCAUAUCAUAGUUCUGAGAGGGAGGAAUGGGGCGAAGGGAGAAUUGUGCGUAAAAGGGCAGGCGUGGUGGGAGUCAUGCAUCAAGCACCAUGCUGGGAAUCAUUGGGUGAGUACAAAACACCCCAUUCCACUGUCCAACUUUGUUCUCAACAAGUAAAGUCCGGAUCUGCUCCAACCCUUCUCUGGGCUUGCUGUGUAUUUGCAUUUUCAGAAACCUGAGGCCCUUGCACAUUUCAGAAUCUUAAGUGUUAUAUAUAAAUAUUGAAUGUUAACACAUCUUUAAAUAAUAAUUUGUUUGAAGGCCGUGUAAAGUUGUGUCAGUAAAAAUAUGAUAGAAAAUCGGGAGUAGUUUAAAAUAAAAAUUAAAUAUCUAUUGCUUUGUACUGUGAAGGUACUGAGAGAUGCAAAGUUUCUUGUUCGUAAGGUUCCAAAAGAUUCGUCAUUUUAUCACUUUAUUAUUAAAAUCCUCUACUCUGCACUGGGAAUGAUUUUGACAUUUAAAAUGGUAAUGUAGUUAUAACAUUUUAUUUGCAUGUGAAGCAGGCAGUGAGUUGUAGGGGAAUAACAAAGUUGGAAGCAGUAGCUCACCAAACUCUGGAGAAGACACCAUUCCAAGGUUUAAAUUUCCAUUCUUCUACUGCAUGGCAUGUGGGUGAUACAAAAGACACUCAAAGUACAACAGUAAGAUAUUCGGGGGGAAGAAACGGAACCAUGGCGGUUCGUUAACCCAGGGUUCCGCGCGGUGGAGAAUUUCAUCUAUCCACAGAACACAAGAGCAGUGCGCAGGCGUGAUACCGAAGGUAAACGGAGCAGAGUGGGAUAUGGCGAUGAUUGUUUGGUUUCGUUUCGGCUCUGCAAACGGUAAGAUUGAGGGAAUGUGGCGAGAGCGAUAGAUCCGGCGGGUGCAGGGAGAGGCUCUGCGAACAUCUUGUAAACAUCGCAAAUUCCGAAUAAAAACGUCUUGUUUACCCCGUUUGAACCAAGCGGGAUCACUACGCAACCAAAGGCUUCCUCUUAAUAGCAGGCCCGGUAGCAGACGCCAUCUUUACUAUGGGCAGACUGUGUUUUGCGAUCGUCAUGUUUGUUUAGGGCAAUGUUUGGAAUUACACGGAAGAAUAUGUUGCUCGUUGUUCAGAGUGGAGACAACUUGUCCAGAAGGGUGUAUUAUUUCACACCCAGUGUCUUAUUGGACAGGGAAGAAAAUCCUGCUUUCUGCAAUACACUACCUUGCAGAAUGUCCUGUCCCAUGUAUCCAGUGAGCCCCAUGCGGCUCUGUUUACUUACAUGAAGAUCAAGUGCAGAAAGUAGACAUCAUCCUCGAAUUGAGGGACUACUAUAAGUGGCAGUGUGGAUCAGGGAGCAUGCAUGGUUAUCCUGGUACGGGGGUGCAGAACAAUGUGAAUUUCUAAAAUAACACAAGGUGCUGGAGAAACACCAUCGGUUGGGCAGCCUCUGUGGUCACAGAAAUCUCGUGUUAAUGUUUAGAAACAUUUAUGACUCUUUUCUAUCCUGUAUUAACAAUAAUAUAUUUUGGAAACUUCUUUUACUGAGGCAUGGAAGGGUGGAUGUAUGCACAGAAAACUCAAAAGGAAUCAUUUGUAUGUUUGAAUUUCUAAUGUGCCCUGACAUUGACUGUUCUAAACUUUUUAACAGAUAUUUAAAGAAGAUAUGUAGUCAUGUACCCCAAACAAACCUCACAUGAAAUUGUACUACUGUCACUUGAGUCAUUAGAACCUGGAUAAUAUUGGCUUUUGAGUAUGUCAAUAAAAUUGGUAAUCCCUAGUUGCCAAUGGAGAACAUGUCUGACUUUCUUGAACCACUGCAGUUUGCAUAGUGAAGGUGCUCCUACAGUGCUGUUAGUUUUGCAGGGUAUUAGGUGGGAAGUAUUUGCAGUUGGAAAACUGAAAACAAGCAUCCGAUGUUGCCCAAUUUAUGAUGAGCUGAACAUCCUUGGAUUUUGAACAUGGAAAGUAAAAGCACCAUUGAAAAUGUAGAGAAACUGUACACGUGUUCUCUAUGUGGACGAGGUUUCAGCCGAUCAUCUGGCCUGUCAAGACACAAUUGCAGUUGUAUUGAGGAGAAACCAUGGAAAUGUGGGGUCUGUGGGAAGGCAUUCAGUUCACCAUCAAAAGUGGAAACUCAUCAGCGCAUUCAUACUGGAGAGAGACCAUUUAUCUGCUCCAAAUGUGGUAAGGGAUUCUCUCAGUUAUCCCACCUGCUCUCUCACCAGAGAGUUCACACUGUGGAGAGACCAUUUUCCUGCUCAGUGUGUGGGAAGGGAUUUACUGAGCCAUCCCAUCUGCUCAUACAUCAGCGAGUUCACACUGGGGAGCGACCUUUUAAAUGCCAAGACUGUGGAAAGUGCUAUAAGAGUUCCGGGGAACUGAUGUCCCAUCAGCGUGUUCACACGGAUGAGAGACCAUUCAGGUGCUCUGACUGUGGGACUGGGUUCAAACGAUCAUCUCAACUCACUGUGCACCAGAGAGUUCACACUGGGGAAAGGCCAUUCACCUGCCCUAUGUGUGGGAAGGGAUUCAUUCAGUCAUCCACUCUGCUGAGACACCGCCGAGUUCACGAUGGAGAGGGACCAUUUACCUGCUCCUGUUGUGGGAAGCGAUUCACACAGUCAUACAACCUAUUGAGACACCAGCGAGUUCACACUGAUGAGAGACCUUUUAAAUGUCCUGACUGUGGAAAGUGUUCUCGAAGUUCUUGGGAACUGAUGUCCCAUCAACGUAUUCAUACCAAUGAGAGACCAUUCAGGUGCUCCCACUGUGGGACUGGGUUCAGGCAAUCUUCUGACCUCACGGUACACCAACGAAUCCACACUGGAGACAAACCUUUCAAAUGUCCAGAAUGCGGCAAGAGCUUUAAAUGUUCCAAGGAACUGAUGUCCCACCAACGUGUUCACACUGAUGAGAGACCGUUCAGAUGCUCUGAUUGUGGGACUGGGUUCAGGCGAUCCUCUGACCUUACUAAACACCAGCGAAUUCACACUGGGGAGAAACCGUUCAUUUGCUCCAAGUGUAGGAAGGGAUUCAGUCAGUCAUCCACCCUGCUGAAACACCAGAGAAUUCACAAGUGACUACGGUGAUUGGAUUUUCUGGUUAAUUCGGGCACCAGAGGGGUUUAGAAUUGAUGCUAUGGUGUAUUGGAUAGGUUGCUUUUUGUUUUGUGCGCUGUGGCCAGAUGAUUUAAAUUGCAUCCAAGGAUAUGGAGGGAAGUGACGGUAGUAAUGAUGGAGUCGGUGGCCAUGAUUUUUGUCUUCGUUACACUCGGGUGUGGUCCAGAGGACUGGAGAAUUGAAAAUGUUAGGUGCAAUAGUGCAUGUUUUAUAUGUACGCAUUAGUUCAAAAUGCAAAAUAAAUUAGAUUAGUCGCAGGUAUGUUUUAAAUGACUAGUCAGAUUUUCUAGAGCUGUGAUUUUUCCUUAAACCAGUGUGAGAAUUGGAGGUUCCUGAAAUGAUAAUGGGUAUUUGUUGGCAUUGUGAAAAUUCUGUAAUCAGAGUAAAUAUUGAAAAAAAAUGAACUGCCUUCUGGUUUAGCAGCAGCAGGAAUUAAUUCUUUUGCUCAGGAGAAAAACCUAUAGAGCAGGAGACUUUUGGUUUCAAUUUUCAAAAAUUCUGUAUGAAGUUAGAUAUAGUUUCUCCUGUGUAAGGAGUUAGUUGUGAAUGGUUAGAAAAUAGAUUUUCAUUUGAAAGUCCAGAUGAGAAGUGUUUUGUUUGAACCCUUGAAGGGGUAAUAUGAAGCUGUGACAGUUAACUUCAGUUGUGUGAAUCAUCAAGAAAGAGGCCAUCAAACUCCCAAGACUGAGAACUGAAAGAACUGGUUAAGUCAAACCUCCAGUUGUGAUAGGGAAGAGAACUUUUGAACUCUGUAAAGAGGUGGUGUUGGAAUAAAUGGAAUUGUACUUUGUGUGUUUCAAAUUGUGCUAAAUGUAAAAAUGUUUGGUUUGUUCUCUUUUACCUUCACUUCUUUUGCAUAAUAAACUUUUGUUUUAUUGUUCAAACCAAA